AUGAAAGACGCCGACGAAUUUCGCAGCCAAUACAAAUGUCCUAUCUCAGGAGCUACACAGAACUUACGGGGCUGUGCUCUUUUGCCAGCAAGAGCGGCACAGGAAAAUGAGGAGAACGUUGCCUGUAAAGAAUGGCUGUUCGGACUGCCGCGCGGGGGCCUCUCCUAUUACAUCAAAUCGCGAGAGAAUACUAUCUAUUUCCGCGAUGACAUUGCAAAGAUGUACCUCAAGGGCGAUUUUAUCCUGGCGCCAACGUUCAGGCUCUACCAGGAUCUGAUGGAGUUUAUACUCCACGCGGGAGUGGUAGCGCGUCAAGACAUCGAAUUACCACGUCGGCCAUUGACCGCACUGGCUUCUCCUGAAGGUCUAUAUCGCUAUGUACUAAUUCCGCGGACUGAAGCCGGUACAGCAUUCCUGAAGGAAUUCGACCUCCCGCGUCAGACCGAGGAGGACUUGUGCGGCGGUAUACAUCCUCUACUGAAGUUCCCUCUCGUAGAUGGAUGCACCGCUUUCUCGGUCGUAGAGUGCUGUGCGCAUCCGUUCUCGGUUUGCGCCAUGAUCAACAAAUCCCUCCGGAAAAGCAGCACGCACGUAAUAGGGCAGUGGCGCAUGUGUGUGCGCAAAGUAGUCGACCAGUGGAAGUUGAAGCUCAUCAAACCGCCUCAAUGGUUCAUCGACGCGCCCAAGAUCGAGUCUUAUGACGAAGAGCUACCACCGUCGGAAGCGACCGGCUACGAUCCCUGCGUUUCUGAAGGCCUCGUCACGCUCAAGCCUGACAGCGUACUUCGCAACGCGGAGAUUCCCGAGGACGAUUUUCGGAAGGGAGUUGCGCGCUGGGCGUGCAAAGUCGACCCCAAAUCCAAGCCGGAGGAAGACCCGCCACACGUGCUUUACAAGCUGCGUCGCUCCAAGCGACUUCAGAAGAAACCGUACGACCGGCCGUCGCCCGACCUCCCGCCGCCCUCUCCCGUCCGUAAUGGCCCGCGCGCGGCGCGUGCGGCGCGGCGAGACCUCGUUCGGCAGCCACCGCCUUGGGAGAGAUCCUACGGCCGGUUCCCUACGGAUACGUUUACCAGCAACGAUUGGGCAUACUUCAGCUACCACGUCGCGCUGGGCGCCCCCGUCGAGUCCUAGCACAACGUCUCUACGCCGACCUCCGACUGAGGCGUCAUCUAUCUUAUGCCGAGGCGCCGCAUCAUGCGCUGCCGCGCCAUCGUCUGGCAUGCACAUAUCGCGGGGACUCCGCUCCUCAUGACUCGCGCUCUCCGCCGUUCAUGUCCGGACUUAUACGCAGCAUCAUCGAACUCGAUUAUGGGCGCGCUCGAUGCUCGCGGACUCCUUCUAUGAGAGACUCGCUCUCGCGCCGACCGCAAGAGGAUCGCUGACGUCGCGUCUAGCGCCCCUCCAUCGAUUACUCUCGCGCGAAUCCGCC